AUGACGGAACGAUAAGGAAAAAAGCCGUGCUGUGAUUCGCGGGAAAAGUGAAAAAUGGCGCCGGAGUAAGUUUGAAGUUUAGCGCCGCGGAGAGCAGCAGCAGCAGACAGACAGACAGACAGACGUAAGGGAGACAGACAGGGAGACGGACAGAGACAGACAGACAGCCUGAAGAAGCACCGAUUCAACGACCUUCUGUCCUGGGAUGCCAGCAGCGGGAGGACCGGCAGAAAGGAGGCACAGCCCGGAUCAGUGCAGGAUGUAUGAGGACCUGAUCGAAGACUUCUGCGGUCUGGAGCAUCAGGUGUCUCCAGGGGGCGGAGGGUGUGAAGGGGGGCGUGUCUCCGAACCUGACGGGGUGGAGUCCAGUCUGAGCGUGGGUCAGUUCGUGCUCUGUCGUUGGUCAGAUGGACUGUACUACCUGGGAAAGAUCCAACGGGUGAGUCCCCCUAGGCAGAGCUGCUUCGUCACUUUUGAGGACAACUCUAAGUUCUGGGUCCUCUGGAAGGACAUCCAGCACGCUGGAGUACCGGGGGAGGAGCCUCGCUGCUCUAUGUGCCAGGAGGUGGACCCAAACUCCAGCACCCAAACAAACCAGAUCCUGAUCUGUGGAAAGUGUGGGAUCGGUUUCCACCAGCAGUGUCACAUUCCUCCAGUAGAGGGCAGCGGCGCCCUGACUCCGUGGUUCUGCAGACGCUGCGUCUUUGCUCUGGCGGUCCGGAAGGGCGGGGCUCUGAGGAAAGGUGUGAUAGCCAAAGCCCUGAGUGUGAUGAAACAGGUGCUGCCGUACGAGCUGGAGGCCCUGGACUGGGACUCGCAGCACCGGACCAAUCAGCAGCAGUGUUACUGUUACUGCGGUGGCCCUGGAGAGUGGUACCUGAAGAUGCUGCAGUGCUUCAGGUGUCAACAGUGGUUCCAUGAGGCGUGCACUCAGUGCCUGCAGGAAGCAAUGAUGUUUGGAGACAGGUUCUACCUGUUUGUGUGCGCGGUGUGUAAUAAGGGCUCAGAGUGCGUGCGGCGCCUGUCCCUCAGGUGGGUGGACCUGGUCCACCUGGUGCUCUACAACCUGUCCAUCUGCAGCAAGAAGAAGUAUUUCGAACUGGAUGAGAUCCUUACCUUCGUCUCUACCCACUGGGACCACCUGCAGCUUGGGAAGCUGUCCAACACCCCCCCAGCAGAGAGGGGGCAGCACCUGCUCGACGCACUCAACAAGUACAAGAGCAAGUUUCUGUGCGGGAAGGAAAUCAAAAAGAGGAAGUGCAUCUUUCGUCUGAGGACCAGGGUCCCUCCUAAUCCUCCCUCCAAGCUCUUUCCUGAGCGUGCUCAGAAUGAUGGGGGCGGGGCAAGGAAGAAGACGGCUAGCAGGUAUGACCUCUUGCUGCCAGCCCUCACCGCCUGUGGUUGGACAAAGCGUAACCGUGGUGUUUGUUUCUGUUUCUUCAGCGGCUCAGCUGAGAGGAGAAAGAGGAAGUCCAAGUGGCUCCUCGAGGAUGCCAUUCCUAAUAACGAGCUGACCUGCAGCUGGACCGCCAACCACCACAUGGCCAACAUUUUUGACUUCACGCUGGAUGAGCUACAGAGCCUGAAGAGCAGCUCCAGCAGAGCCGUCAGCAUUGAUCAGGACUCCACCGAUGCCUCCACCUCUGGCUCUGCCUCCUCCUACCACUUUAGGAGAAGGAUGGGCAGCAGAAAGAGGAAGUUACCCCGGAACACCUACAGCCAGUGGGCCAAUCGCAGUGAGGCAGGGGAGGAGCUUGGAGGGGAAGAGCCUUCUGGCAUCAUUGGGAACCAGGAAGCUACAAACCACACCCACCUGACCACAGACUCCUCCCAUUUCUUGUCAGACCACUCACCGCUGCCGUCUGACAACUCCCACCUCCACUCCUCCAUCUCCUCUUACUUUGGAGUGGCGGGUAGGCUAACCAAUGGCGAGCGCUACCAGGUGUUGGCUCGCCGCAUCACCCCUCAGGGGACGGUCCAGUACCUGCUGGAGUGGGAGGGGACGACCCCUUAUUAGGACGUUAUCAAGGUCCAGGUGGUGUUAGAAGCUUUGAUUCCUCUUCCUCUGCACUUGCUGCUGGUGAGAUGCUUAUUGGUUCAAACCUGAACUGACACUGUGGCCCAGCAACCACCUGGGCUCCCCGUGUCCCCGUUAAACAUUUGGAUCCCCGUUAAACCACCAGGCUCUCCUUGUCCCCGUUAAACAUUUGGGCUGUAUAUCCCCAGCUGGCUGGUAGGUUUUGAGGAAUCAGGAAUCAAAGCUGAACCCGAUCCUGGAAAAAAUAGUUUUUAGUUUAAAAAGUGUUUAAAUGCAGCCAAAGAGACACACAGAGCUCCCGUCUGACUCCUCCCACCUCCACCAUGUUUGCAGCCUCACACACUGAUUAGUUGUUUUCCUGGUUGUAAUGAUGUCACACUGGUGGAGUUCUUCUUCUUUUGCUCUGAUUUGUAAAACACUCAGAGUUCCCCUGGCUGUCAGACAGCACCCUGCCUCUCUUGCCCCCUCCCUCCCCUGAAGUUUUCAUGUUGUGUACCUGAACAGAAGCACUUAGUCACAUGUUUAUCUGCCCCUUCCUCAACUGUGCAGUGUUCUCACUCUAUCACAUGAUCUCACCUGCAGAGCAUCCCAUUCGACGUCUAUGCAAACACCAAAGUGCGUCUGCUGGUGAUCAAUCUGAGCCUCCGAUCAGUGUUUCUCCUAGCUUGAAGCUAAUGCAGCCCAUAUUUGUGAAUGAGGGAUGCUAAUAGUGCUAACAGUCUCUGAGACGUUAAACUGGCACUCUGUCACUUUAAGAUAUGUUCUGCUCCUAUUGGCCUGUUAAGUGCUUGUUUUGAUCAUGUGACUGUUUGUUUGCUGUUUUCCUCUCCAGCUGACCAAUCAGCUGCCAGCUUUCUCUGGAUUAAAAACAAAUGUUUUCUGACCUUUGA